CCUUUUAUGUAGUUAAUGCUGAUAUUAGUACUUAUUUCAUUCUAUUUGCUAGCAUUGGCAAAGCUUGGGAACAUGUGCUUGGCUGCUGUGCAAGCCUAUGACACUGCAACUGAAAAUAUUGAAGCACUGAAUACUGCAGAGUUGAAGUUCCAAGAUAUCAUGAAUUCCCCUUCAUUAGAUGCUGCUUGCAGGAAGAUAGACAAUUUAGCCGAGAAAAAUCAACUUGAUUCUGCAUUGGUGUUGAUGAUCACAAAAGCUUGGUCUGCUGCCAAGGAGUCAAACAUGAUGAAAGAAGAGGUAAAAGAUAUAUUGUAUCAUUUGUACAUGACAGCAAGAGGCAAUCUUCAAAGACUAAUGCCAAAGGAAAUUAGGAUACUGAAGUUUCUUCUCACUAUCGAGGAUCCUGAGGAGCGUUUAUGUGCACUAAAAGAUGCAUUCACUCCUGGGGAAGAGCUUGAAGGGAAGGAUGUCGAUAACUUAUACACGACACCGGAGAAGCUCCAUAACUGGAUAAGGUCCAUGUUGGAUGCUUACUAUUUUAGCAGGGAAGGUACUCUCAUAAGUGAAGCUAGAGACCUAAUGAAUCCUAAGAUCAUCAAAAAGCUGGAGGAACUCAAUCAACUAGUUAAAAAGAACUUCAUGUGAUGUGAGUGCAUAUCGUGCUUAUAAAAAGUACUCAUAGUAAAUUUGGUCCCGCAGCAGCAGCAGCCGACAAUAUACAUGGGAGUUUUGGCAAUGACAUCAACCCUAAAUUUGAUUGCAAACCUUUGGAGAUAAAGUCUCUGUGACACCCAGUUUAAACACCAGGAUAAUGAGUUCUAUCCAUAUAUUUAAAUCUCACUUUGAGCUAGGGAGAAAUACAUAACUAGAACAACUGCUAUGGUGAUUUGUCAUUGGUCCUUACAAGUUAGGAAGGGAUAGCGGACAAAUAUCUAAAUGUAUAGUGGUGUAACAUUUAAUUUUUUGUUAUGACUUACUAAGUUAUUUGAUAAGGUGUAAAUGCUGAUUUUUGCUAAGUAUGUUGGUCCAA